AUGGAAUUUAUAUUAUGGAAUCGUGAAAAUUUUGAUAAAAUUUAUAAUUGUACGGGAAUUAAUGUUGAUGAUAUUCCAAUUGAAAAAAGAAGAUAUCCAAUAACUGCAAUUAUUUGUAUAUUACUUGGAUUUAUAUAUUAUCCUUUAUAUUUUCCUCGUCUUUACUUUUUUUGGAAGAAUAGAUCAAAAAAUCCUUGUUAUAUACUUUUAAUUUAUCUUUCAUUAAUGGAUAUUUGUAUACUUUGGGUGCCAACUUUUGCAGUUGGAAUUUUCAGUCUAAAUUUUCAGUCUAAUUUCAGUCUAGGCCUUCCAAAAUUCUCAAAAUUCUUGCCUGCAGCGCUGGAAAUGGAAGAAAACUGGCUUCUUGGCCUUCCAAAAUUCUUAAAAUUUUUGCCUGCGGCGCAAAGAAAUGGGUUAAAUCUGGCUUCUUAG